AGAGAGAAGGGGAGAGGGAGCCCUUCGCGGUGGCUCCGGGAAAACCAGCUUCAAGCCCCCUUUCCCCCGGCGAAGAGGGAAAACCCGCCCCGGUUAGCAGCUCCCCCGGGGGCCCCGGCUUUGUGCCUGUCUGUGCCCCCCCCUCCCGGUCUUAUUUGAUCUCCCGUUAAACCAAGGAGGAGAAUGUGAAAAAAGGGGGAAAAUGCCCAGGAGGAAGCAGGAGCAGCCCAAGCGCCUCUCUUCACAUGGUACCAGACAGGAAGAAGUGGAAGGUGAACUCAGUGAAGAAGAACGCUGGUUUGGAAAUUCUUCAGAAACUCCUUCAGAAGCAUCAUAUGGAGAAGUCCAGGAGAACUUCAAGUUGUCUCUUGAGGACAGAAUCCAAGAACAGUCCACUUCCCCAGAUACUUCUUUGGGAAGUGCAACUCCUAGCAGCAACACAGCAGAGCUGGGACCUAUUGAAAAUGAGACGCUAAGAGACACAUUACAAAGCAAAGAGCACCUUUCUCCUGAUGUGUCAUCUCUGUGUGAAGAAGAACCUCCUGGUCCAAAUAAGCCACUGAGCAGCAACCUGAGGCGGCUACUGGAGGCUGGUUCUCUCAAGCUGGAUGGUGCUGUUACAGUCAAUGGCAGUGUCGAGUCCCCAGUAAAUCUUGGCUCAAAUCUCUCCUUCUCUCCACCUGCUCAUCAUGCCCAGCAGCUAAGUGUUCUUGCCAGAAAGCUUGCUGAGAAACAGGAACAAAGUGACCAAUACAAUGCAAGUAGUCACUUUUUAUGGAAUCAAGGUAAGUGGUUGCCAAACUCAACCACCACCUGUGGUUUGUCCCCUGAUUCAGCUAUCCUGAAACUUAAAGCUGCAGCCAAUGCUGUUCUGCAGGACAAAUCUCUUUCAAGGACUGAAGACACUAUAAGAUUUGAAUCCUUUUCUUCACCUUUUAGUUCUCAGUCAGCCAGCUCCACGUUAGCAGCUUUAUCUAAGAAAGUGAGUGAAAGAAGCAUGACUCCUGGGCAGGAGCACCCACCUCCAGCCAGUUCUUUUCUUUCUCUGGCUUCCAUGACCUCUUCAGCUGCCCUGCUCAAGGAGGUUGCUGCAAGGGCUGCAGGGACCCUCUUGGCUGAGAAGAAGAAAUCACUGGUUGCUGAGGAUCCCCUGCAGCUUUCAGAGAUGAAGCAAGAGAAAGCAACUCCACCACAGUCUUUGGAAUUAUUGUUACUGCCAGUCCCUAAGGGAAGAGCUUCCAAACCCACUAGUACAGCCUCAGAAGAAGAAGGAGGAAAACCAUUCCAGUGUCCUAUCUGUGGUUUGGUUAUCAAGAGGAAAAGUUACUGGAAACGGCACAUGGUGAUUCACACAGGUUUGAAAAGUCAUCAGUGUCCACUCUGUCCAUUUCGCUGUGCACGCAAGGACAAUCUCAAAUCCCACAUGAAGGUUCAUCAGCACCAAGACAGGGGUGAGACCUUUCAAUGCCAGCUAUGCCCUUUUACUUCCUCCCGCCACUUCAGCCUGAAACUCCAUAUGCGUUGCCAUCAACAUUUCCUUAGGACAGAAUCCAAAGUGAAGGAGGAAAUACCAGAAACUGAGGUGAAAGGGUCACCACAGCUAAAUAGUGACUCCUGCCCAGGACCACAGAGAGAAGGAGGUGGACCUGACCUUACGGGAUCAGCAUCUGUAUCUAAAACACCUGAUGUGGCUGGGCAGCCUAGUGGAGGUAUUCCACCUUUACUAGUGAAAGAAGAGCCCAAAGAUGACAGUGGCAUCCCAGCUGCACCUUUUGCUCUUAGCACUGUUGACAGAGCCCCCAACAACACAAAGCUGAAAGACUCCUCUGACUUUGUGGCCAAUACAGCAUCAGCACUAUUCAGCCAAGACAUCUCUGUCAAGAUGGCAUCAGAUUUUCUUAUGAAGCUGUCAGCUGCAAAUCAAAAAGAACCCUUGACUCCUAAAUUUAAAGUGAAAGAGGAGCCUAAGGAUGAAGAAGCUGCAAGUUCAGCCUUGUCUCAGUCCAGCUAUGUGUUCAGCCAGGAAUCCAAAGCCUCAGCUCCAAAUGUCUCUGAGGAGAAACUCAAGCCACAGGAAGCACAGCCAAAUGUGAUGAGGCAGGAUAUGUCAGUCAAGGCAGCAUCUGAGCUCCUCAUGAAGCUCUCAGCUGAGAGUUACAAGGAAACCCAGAUGGUAAAGAUAAAGGAAGAACCAAUGGAAGUUGACAUUCAUGAUUCGCAGGCUUCAGUGUCACCCAGCCAGCCCAGCCAAAAUGUUGGCUACAGCACUUUAUUAGGGCAAGACAUUAAUGAACACAUACAGAAGGCACCAGAAGGCCGUGUGCUCCCAGAAAGAAAUCUAUUCAGCCAAGACAUAUCAGUGAAGAUGGCAUCUGAGCUGCUCUUCCAGUUAUCAGAAAAGGUGAGCAAAGAGCACAACCACAAUAAAGACAACACCAUCAGAACUACAGCCAGCCCUUUCUUUUCUGAAGACACAUUUAGACAAUCACCAUUCACUUCCAACUCAAAAGAUCUCCUGCCUAAUGAAACUGCUCUUCAUGGAAGGACAUCUGCAGCAGAAACAGAAAAGCUGGGGCUGGAGGUAGGAAAUGGAUUGCCAUCUUGGAAAUUUAAUGACCAGCUCUUUCCCUGUGAUGUGUGUGGAAAAGUGUUUGGUCGACAGCAGACUCUGUCCCGGCAUCUCUCGCUGCACACAGAGGAGAGAAAAUACAAAUGCCACCUGUGCCCCUAUGCUGCUAAGUGCCGUGCUAAUCUGAACCAGCACCUGACGGUCCAUUCUGUGAAGCUGGUGAGUACAGACACCGAGGACAUUGUCAGUGCUGUCACUUCUGAAGGCAGCGAUGGAAAGAAGCACCCUUAUUACUACAGCUGUCAUGUGUGUGGGUUUGAGACGGAGAUGAAUGUCCAGUUUGUCAGUCAUAUGUCCCUCCACGUGGAUAAAGAGCAGUGGAUGUUCUCCAUUUGCUGCACAGCAUGCGAUUUUGUCACUAUGGAAGAGGCAGAUAUGAAGGCUCAUGUCAACAGCAAGCACACAGCUGAAGAGAGGAAGACACCCAGUGAAACUAACAGUCCAUCUUCAUCUUCACUGUCAGCACUGAGUGACUCUGCCAACAGCAAAGAAGACGUAGAUGUAACCCCAAAAAACAAGGGUUCAAACAACCUGCUAGUUAUUUCUGUAGUGCCUGGUAGUCAGACCUCAGUGAACACUGAAGAGAAGUCAGAGAAAGGCUUUGAAUGUGUUUUCUGUAACUUUGUCUGCAAAACAAAGAACAUGUUUGAGCGCCACCUGCAAAUCCACCUGAUCACAAGGAUGUUCGAGUGUGAUGUGUGCCACAAGUUCAUGAAGACACCUGAACAAUUACUGGAGCACAAGAAAUGCCACGCUGUCCCCACCGGUGGGCUCAAGUGCCCGUUCUGCAUCUACUCCACUAACCGCCCCGCAGCCAUGGAGUGCCACCUGAAGACUCACUACAAGAUGGAGUACAAGUGUCGGAUCUGCCAGACAGUGAAAGCAAACCAGCUGGAGCUGGAGAUGCACAUCCGAGAGCACCGCCUUGGCAACCAUUACAAGUGUGACCAGUGUGGCUACCUGUCCAAGACUGCCAACAAGCUGAUUGAGCACGUGCGUGUCCACACCGGUGAGCGCCCUUUUCACUGUGACCAGUGCAGCUACAGCUGCAAACGCAAAGACAAUCUCAACUUGCACAAGAAACUGAAGCAUGCUCCACGCCAGACUUUCAGCUGCGACGAGUGCCUGUUCAAGACUACCCACCCUUUUGUCUUCAGCCGCCACGUGAAGAAGCACCAGAACGGGGACUGCUCUGAAGAGGAGAAGAAGGGCCAGUAUUCAGCCUCCAAGGAAGCCAGUCCACUCCUACCAGUGAACAGCUCCAGAAACCUCCUGUCACCCCUCUCAGUUAUGUCUGCCUCCCAGGCUCUGCAAACAGUGGCUCUGUCAGCUGCACAGGGCAGCGGGGCAGAGGCAAACUUGGCAGUGAAAGCCUUGGCCACCAACGGCACUUCCCUGUGCUUUGAUAAGUACUGGAACUCAGAGUUUGCCCACCUUAUUCCUUUAACAAUGUUCUUCCCCAAAAACCACUACGAUCUCACAUUCCAUCCACCCAGACCUCAGACUGCACCGGGAGGUGCCUAUUCACCUAAACACUCCUUCCUUGCCUACCUUGGACUGACAGAAAGGGCAGAAACUGUCUGAGGGCAGUUACAUUCUGUACCAAAAAUAAUACCCCAACAAACCCAGCAGGUGUACAUUGCUGCAAAACGUAGCCCGGAGAGGUAACGAACACUUGUACUAUAUCAUUAGUAAGGUUUAGAAACCGGCUCUAUGUGUAUACUUACUGCAUUGACUUGAAAGCUGCUUUAUUAAAUCUUCAAGAGGUGACCUACUGCAUACUUCUACCUUCAGAGGCAUGUUCCCAGUAUUCUUAUCUAAGAUACUAUUUUGUCUUGUUACUCUGAAAAAAAAAAAAAGAAAAAAGAAAAAAAAAAAAGAGUGUCCUUAAUGGCAAUCAGCACUUGUAAGGUUGCAUAUUGAUGCAUUUUAUUUUGGGGCUUUGUGUGCGUGCGGGUGUGUGAAAGAGAGUCUGCCUGUAGCACACCAUGACAUUGCUUUUGCACAUCCCUUGUAUUGGCUCAUUUAAAUAUUAUUCUUUUUCCUUUUCCACACACUUGCUGCCUCCCUUCCCUCCGUCUCCCACUGCACUGCAGAGCUUGGGAAGGAGUAACGCUUGGUUCAGGGUGGCUUGGUGUAUUAGUUCAGUGCUGUUUGCAGCCUCCUUUAGCUGUUUGAUGCCUUGUACUCAGUUGUCAGGGUUUGUGGAUUUGGGGUAGAAUGGAUGCGGAAAAAGUUGCUUUCAGCACUGAAGGAUGAGAGUAUGAAAAGCCACAUGUAUGUACACACACACACGUGCCGUGUGUGCAGUCUGCACCCCCACACAACAGGCCCAAUUCUUAACUGUUACACAACUGUAACAAAACACCUGCACCUGGGCCAUAGUAUACAUCUUUUGUUUUAAAAGGGCAUAUAAAUAUAUUAUAUAUAUACUGUAUUAUGCAGUGGUUACCUUUUAGUUUGCAGGAACAACUUGUAUAACUAGAAUUCUAUGGUGGAAAAAAAAAAUCCAGCAAGGGGAUUUAAAAAAAAAAAAAGGGUAUGAUUAAAUUCUGGGUAUAACUACUCAGACUAAAAAAAAAGGCAGUUUUGCACAGUGCUUUAGUCUUGCACUAGUUUGUUUCUCACUUGCAAAAAACAAAAAAGAAAAAAAUAUUUGUGGGCUGAAGGUAAGAAGACUGUUGGAAAAGGUACCAGUAGCUUCUUUGAAAUAUAAAGCUAUAAAAAGAUGCUGUUUGAACCACACAGUUCUCUUUCAUACCCUCAGUAUUUCAAUUGUUCUUGCAAAUUCUACAGUCCUAUCAACACGCUCCAUGUUACUAGUAAUACUGUAUUCCUUUUUGUUAAUGGCAGAUAGAGUGUACCCUGCUAGGACGCUAACUUUAAGCUUAUUUAACACUCCCACUUGUGGUCAUUAAAAUGACAUGUUAUAUGUAGCACUUUAUUGCAGGAAGAAGCAAAUGCAGAUUGGUUGUAUAACCCUUGUGAAGCUCAAAAUGCCAAGAGUGAUCUUAAUUUAAGAGGAGCUAACCGACUGCUAAUUGAUUUGUGUUUCUUAGACAAUUGAAGAUCCAGGAAGAAAAAUUAGGAUUAACAUACUCUGCAUUACAAUUGGAAGUAUAAAACAUGAAACAUUUCAAAAUGUUAAUUUUGAAUAAUACUUAAUAAGAAGAAGAAUAAGACUUAAAGAAAUGCUCUCUUAUUAGACUGUUGUUUUCCAUGGUGUCUCAUGGAUUUGGAUCUUACUGUCUUUCACCAUUUAGAAAUGUAUGAAUUAGCUUUUGUCAGAGUCCCCUCUCUCCUUUGGCCAAGCCACUAUAGGAGGUGCCCUGAGUCACAUCUAAUGUGCUAUCCACUCACCCUCACGCUGUCCUGAAGGAACUCCUGCUGAUGGUUGUGGGAUGGGGGGGAUCCGACAGGCCAGUUGCAGCCAACCCUCCUGUUGGUGACAGCACUGAAGCAAUGCCCCAGUUCAGGAAGGCAUCUCUGGUCCACACAGGCUCUCAGCCAUAUGCACAGCUAGAAACAUAACUCCAUUAGUUCUUAAAUUAAGCUUGUGUAGAAAUAUUUUUUCUUAAUGCAAAACUUGCAUCAUUUAACCUAUUUGCAAGAUUCCUUCCAUUCUUUUGCACUGACAUGGCCAAAUAUUCUCCACUGUCAUGACCAAACUCUUCCUGUUCAAGGAGGACAUCCUAAUCUGUGCACUCCUGUUGACAUACUGGAAGCUAUUUACAAGGGGGAAAUACCCAAAAGAGUAGCAGGUUAUCAUUUGGAAUUAUUCAUUAAAGGACAGAGAAGUCCCACCAUUGUGUUUACAUUCCAGCACAGUUUUGGUUCUAAUGAGCAUGUGGCAGUUCUGUCUAAGUAGAAAAGCCAUCUGUUCCAAAGCAUGUAUGACCCUUUCUGAACACCCUGCCUAAAUCAGGACCCUGUUUGCCAUGCUACACUCCAUCAGAAACCCUGGUAACCCUCCCCCCCAACGAGUACAAACAAAUCAGAAAAUGCUGUAUUAAUAAAUACUCAAAGCAUAAAAAAUUUAGUAUCUCAGCAGCAUGAAAUAUGCAGUCUGCAUCCAGAAACUAUACCAGUUCUUUAAAAUACACCCAAUGCAUAACACCAUAGAAGAGCAAACACUUCCAAAUCAAAAAGUUUAUGUUUUAAACUGGCAGGUAAAGUACACCUGUCUAGGAGGAAGAAGUAGGACACCAAAUUAAACCAAACAGCAGUUUAAAUAGGGCUGGAACUUCCAAGAAUGAGCUGUCAGCAUGCAAAUGUCAUGUGUUUGACAAUGUACCACUGUACUAGUAUCUGACAUAGUAGUGCUUAAUGUACCUGGGAAAUUUGUUUAGCACUUUGGAAAGGAUACAUUAAUUCUUUCUGGCAAGUUAAAGAAGUUCUCUCUGUAAGGAAAGUGUGUUAGGAGGUUUUUAUUUUUUUAAGAAAAAAAAUACAGUAUUUAUCAGAGCUCAUGCAUAUGAAAAUAAGUGGUUUGUAGUUCAAGGCUAAAGAAAGGAAUGUUCUCCAGAGGUUCCCCCUACCAACUAAUGACCAACAGUUCUGAUAAAUUCCCCCCACCAUAAAGGUAAUUUCAUACUGGUUUUCACUAUGCAUUCUUUAAGGAAAGCUAGUGUGUUUUUCCAUUUGGUAAUUCAGUUGAAGUUCUCAGCACUUUCUUCUUUCUUUCUUCUGUCUUUUUUUUUUUUUAACUUGUUGUAUUCUGUUCAAAUAUCAUUCUGUCAACAUUUCUGUACAUUAAUAAAAAUUUGUAUUGUAUAAAGCUUUUUGCAUUAUAAGGCUGUACAGGGUCAUUUUGACAGUAACUGGUAUAUUCUUUUGCAUCUUAUGUUGCAUUGCCAAUUUCUAGUGUAUCCAGUUUGGAAGUACAAUAUACUCUAAUUAAAAAGGUUGGCUAUA